AUGAUAGCAAGUAUAGUGGCUAAGGAACAAGCACUACUGAAGAUGAAUACAGCAGCCGCAGCAUCAAGCACUGCAGAACAUGGUCGUUUGGCAGGCUUUGCUAUACCGAGUCGCGCACAUACUCAGGUUAUAGUUAACGGAGCACGAGAGAAUAUGUCAUCACCAAGUGAAAUGUCACCAACUUCAUGCUCUCCAUCAUCAUCCGACACAUUGCAAAGCACCCAAGGGGGGACCAGUACUGCAAUUCAUGCACAUAACGAACAUCCCGGCCCGGAAGACACUGCACCCAAAAGUGGGAAUGAAUCACCUGUUGAUGUGACGAGUCUCAUGAAAGGCUCAUUCAGUCUUGCUUAUCAGCAGCAUAGCCUAGGACCAAGUAAUAGUUCUCAACAGCAACAAGCAAGCAAUUCACGAGAAAGCAAUAUUCAGAGUGGUACUACAACGCUUCGUUCUAGGCAUCGCUCGAGCCAUCACGAUGGCCUUAUCAAAUGUCAUUAUUGCCCUAAGAAGUGGGCCGACCAAGCUGUGGUUUGUUUUUGGACAAAAAGUUGGUAA